CGACAGGGUACUAGCGCGGGAGAGGAUAAAAAGCACGACCAGAGCAAACUGCUGCACCCCACGUACGUCCAGGUCCUACCUUCGCCACAAAUAAAGCCGCGGACCAGUAGAGGCGACGCCGACGCCACCACUUCAUUUGAUGGUGCACCGUGUAGAACUCAAAAGCAAGAAGCUGCGACAAGAACCCAGGAGCAACGAGCGGAGAAUCAUGAACCAGACGAACCCGGCUCCGUCACCGCGACGAAAACAAGCAAAGCGGGGUACGUGGUGUUGUCGCAAGACAAGAUCCUUCUCAAUCUACCGGUUAUUGAUGCACGGGGGAACGUAUGCAUUGCAAAUAUAUCUGGGUCCUCUGUUGAAAUUUGUCUUGUCAUGCUUAUCCGACAUGACUGCAGAGAUUGUGUUUGUGAUGAAUGUCGAUGGUUUGUGAUGAAUGUCGAUGUCCAUCAAAUUCAAAUAAAGGCCUCAGUGUUUGUCAUGGAAAGAUCGACGUUGCUCGCCAUGCGGAUGGCGCAACACUAUAGGCGGCGCUCAAUAUCUUCUCAUGCUUAGCUCCUGUUCCUUGCAGAAGUCCAUUUUUCAUUUUUCACAGGUGAGCACAUACAACGAACUUGAACUUUCCUGACCCAGACAUAUUUUCACUCAAGAAUAGAACAAGCUGGGUAGAAGUAGUAGCACCGAUGAACUACGGGCCCCCUCCCACGUUGUCGUCCCGGUUGCUGCAGUCGGGUUUGACGCUUUGGGUAGCGGAGUGAAAAUUUCCAAUUUCUGGUACAUGCAAAACAACAAUCAAGCUGUGCUCGCACCGCGAGAAGGUGAAUUUAUUGUAUCGGACGGCCAAAGCGUUGCGGUUGCGGAAGAUGUUGACGAGAUGAAAUCUGCGUCGAAGCUGGAGCUGGAGUUCCUAACUUACGCACAGGAACAACAACAGCGUACAACUUCUCCCGGGGCCGGUGCAACCGGUGGAAAAAGUGAAAGUAAAGAAAUUGAUGUGAAGACCGCUUCAACAGCUGCUUCCUCGAUUUUGUUACCUCGCCGUGGAGAAGACGAUGUCAGUCGGUGCUACAUGCUUCCAGCGCAGGAGCUGCGGAGGUGGAAUAAUUUUUGCCUGCAACCCACCGGACCGACGACGACCUCUUCUCUGCUUGGCCCGUUGAUCUCUGUGAGGACGUCAACGCCUCUGCUCCUCUGGACCGUGCACUCUCGCAAGCUCCAGCUCGCUGCCAGCGCCGCUACGGAUACGCCCUUCCCGGUGCACCCGCUGGUGACGCUGCGGCAGACGCGAGCCUUUCGGGCAGACUUGGCGAUUCUGGAUUUCGAACAGGAAAACGACAUCACGCUGAUUACCACUAACGCAGAUGAAAACGACGCGAAAAGUUUCCAGGCCUUGCUGCUGUUGUACUCGUCGAAUUACUUUUCAACAUCUUCCAACGGCGGGGGAAAGCUAAAGAACACCGAUGGUCGUGAGGAUCUUAUCGGAACAAGCCCAGACGCGUUUAAAAUCACCAGUGCCAGUUUCGGCGAAUUCGUAGACGACGAAGACGUUGAGCUAGUCGCAGAUACUUCUAGUGCUUUACCUAGCUUGAUGCAACAGGAAAAACUAGCACCCACUCAAGAGCUUCUAACUGGUCGGGCGGCACGAGCGCCGCAAAUUGAAGGCCCGACACGAGGACGACCAGCAGACAGAACUGCUCUGCCGGGCCAGGCGACCGUGGCACUGCUCGAGUUGAACAAGAAAAUGAAAGGCUUCAAACUGGACGACAGGAACUCUGACUCACUCGUGGUCUCCGAUUUGAAGAUACUCCCAGCAGCUGGAGAUGAGCAGGCUCAAGACGACGAAACGUUUACGCAGCUGUUGAAACUCAGCUUCAUCUUGUCUCUUCUGGUCGGCUUUCUCAUCACCUUCUCCAUCUUCUUCACGUCGUAUGGUUUGUUGGAAAAGGAAUUUUAUUCGAAAUUGAAACUCCACGUUCUGCUUUCCGGGAUUACUCACAUGCAGUCUAUGCAAUACAAAUUUCCUGUACACGUAGAAAAUGCAAUACGAUCGCGAAUUUAAGCUAGAGCAACAUUAUGCCGCUACUUGUCAUGCUGAAUAGACGCGAGUGAAUUUUUUAUUUUGGCCUGAGGCACUGUUAGUGGGUGUCCACUGCGUGAUGAUAAUGAUGAUGAUGAUGAUGAUGCAGAAAUAGCCGCGCCUGCACGUUGUGUGCAGAAAAUUUCUUGUGGAGACAGUAUUGGUUUGGCGUCUGGAUUUGGGACUGGUUGUUUGCGCUUUCCUCCGGUGUCUGCUGGCUGGUGGUGGUGGGAUUGUUUGUGUUCGGAAAGACCACGAGGAAUGCAGGGGCUGGUGGACAUCAUGCGGCAGAAGAUAACACAACGGGAGAAGGUACCAGCAGUGGAACAAAUCUUCUGUACUACGCGUUCGCACUGACACUCCUCCUCCAUUUCGCCAUCACUGCGGCGCUAUUUCAGGUAUACUUCUUCUCCCAUUGCAAAAAUGAGCUGUGGCCGCGGAUGUUAGCGCGCUGGUUAAAGAGCGCACAAAACACGAAGCCGUCUGCCGUUCCUUGCAAGAACAAGAAUUAUGGUGCGGCUCUGCAGAACAAGAACAACGAUUUAGCUCUAGCAGGAGACGUCCACCGGGGCGGCCCCGGUAACUACAGUUUUCGACCACCGCGCCCCCCCCUGGCGCUCGUCCUGGCGGAUGACCCCGGCGGCCUCGGCUCGACAAAUUUCAUCGGCACGAAUAGCAACGGAAACAGCGCUAUCCUGUGCAAAAGUAAGUAUCGUACUCGUACUAAUUGCAAUUAUGCUUGUUCUUGACAAAUCUUGUCCUGAAGGUCAAACAGCAUGAACAAUUCCAUUUGCCAUUCUGAAGUACUUAAUUUGUAAUGCAAUUACCACUAGUACGAUGCUUUUGCAAUUCAUAAGCGCCAGUUCCUCCGUCAUUCGCUGCUCCUGUCCGUCCGUCACCUUCGCCAUCCUGUUGGUUUCUAACCUGCUCCUCAGUGUGCUGUUUGCGUCAAGGGAGUUAGUGAGCAGUAGGGUAGUGGUGCAGGAUUUUCUGGACAAGGUAGUUGUGGAGGAGCUGCACGAAGGUCAUGACGACCCGCGAGGAGGAAGCGACGGAGAUGGUACUGACCACGGGUCUUACUCGUUUUACGAAGGAAUUCUUGCUCAACAUCCUCUCGACGAAGCCGAAGAUCCUGAGGCACAUCAGCAGCUAUCCCCAGAAGUGCCACUGUCGCAAUCAUCUCAUUUGAAUAAAAUCACGCACCAGCUCGGCGAGGCUCUGUCUCGUGCGAGCAACCUUUUUUUUGCUGGCUACACCUUCGAACCGCACAACUCGGCCACAGGACCGACGACAACUGCGUUCGUUGAUCGCUCCGACGCUUCUGUCGGCGUCUUUCAAGCGGACGCUACAUCUUCUUCUUCAUCUUCAUCACCCGAGGAGGAAAUAAAAGCGAGAAUCAUCGACUACGUGGACCGAGCUAGUCAACGCCCGUCCUUGCCAAUGGGGAUUGUUUUCCCGGGAAUGGCUUUUCUUUCCGCUGUUGGGAAAGUGUUUUUGCGGAAAAUUGUGUUCGAAGACUUCGUCUGGACGGGGCACAAGCACAACGAUAACGGAGAUGGAAAUAAACGGAAGACACGGGGGAAUAAGAAUGAAGCGCUCUCUAGUACCACGCAAGAACAGCUCUCGCGCAAUCUAUUGCCGGAGCACGUCGAUCCAAGUGUAGUCCCAGGUUCGCACUUUCUACCAAGUUUGGUGUUUACGAAUCGCUUUUCCCGUUGCGAAUUGACCGCAAGCGAGGAAAGUAGACCCAGUAACGAAAUUCAAAAUGACGAUCACGGUCAGGAGACUACCUCCAGCGGCCCGCCCGGCGCAGCAGCUACAACCCGACCUUGGCCGUUAUUCUCCUACUUUUGGUAUGGCGCAGACUCUACAGAACUUUCUCCAACCCCCAGGCACGUGAUUCAAUACAGGGUUCCCUGCGCUUUCCGGGAUCCAGCGGAGCUCUUCGCCAGUAUUUACCUUAAGACUGGUAUGGCUGCCGUGAAGAUGUUGAAGAAAGGAGCAGCAAAACUUGCCGACGACCUCACAGGCAGGGUGGUACAAGGAGCGAAAGCCGCCACGGAGAUGAGCAAAGUCGUUCGGUCAGGAGGUGCUAGUGGUCCUUCCCCGUCUACUUCAUCUGUGGCCAACAUGGACGCCAGCAAGAGCUUUCUCGAAAAGCGGGCACAAAUUGGCGCGCGGCUUUUCGGUGAUGACACUGUGGGAGCAGAUGAAGAAGAUCAUGCGACUAUUAAAAGUGAUUCGGGUAAUAUUAUCCCGGCCCUUGACGACCGUGAUGAACAAGCUGCAACACCCUCUUCUUUUUUGGCAGAGAGCGAGUCAAGAACAUCUACUCCUUUAAAGAGCGGCGUUGACCAGCCAGAACAAGUCCAACAGCAACUACUGCAGAAUGGUCGUAUUGGGGGACAGGUUGGAGGGAACUUCCUGGCGAAAGUACUAGCUGCGGGUCAGGACAAGAACUCCUCCGUGUUGAUGCAAGAGGGAGCCAGCCGCGGUCUGACCCGAGGACGAGGCAGCUCAAGAAUCGACGCUGCCGAACUAGAAGCAGCCAGAAACCUGCACGCAGCGGUCGUCGGCGAUUACUUCUUUCGAUCCUUGACUAUUGGAACUGAACUCAUCCAGUUGCUACUGUCCUUCGUUUUGUACACCUCGCUUUUGAUUGUAACUACGCUGUUCACCAGCGUGGUCGUACGGGACCGGCAGAAGUCAUCGAGUGGCACAGCCGCGAUUGCAGGAACUACAGCUACUGCGUUGAUGAUUACAGCGGAUGACGAAAAUCAAUCCGGUACAAAAUAUGGGAUGAAGAAUCAACAACUGCAAGGAACUACGUAUGGUCAACAGAACUACGCGAUGAAUACGACAACCGUCUUUCAAGGCAUCAAAGCGCGCAUCUCGCAGGCGCUGAGCGGGAGGACUUUUACUUGUCGGAACACGUCCUCUUCGUCUUCGGGUGGAGGGGUGGACCGUCGGCGGAAGAUGAUGAAGAAACGAGGAAUGCUUGCUGGCCCCGGAAUAAGUACAAGAACCAAUGAUCGCUCCAGUCUGGCGUCAAGUCAUCAUGCGUGUAAGGCUAGAACCAUGGACAACAAAGACAAAACGACCUUGUUUCCGCCCGCGAUAACAACCUCGGUUGCCGGUGUCGUAAGUAAACGCAGCAAGCAGAGCAACAGUACGCCACGGAAUGAGGAGGAUCACGACGAUGACGACUUUCCCGAAGCCGCGGACCUGAGCGAAAGCGACCACGGGGAGUACAACGCUCAACUUCUGGACGACGAGGAGGAAGAAGAUGACUUCAGAAUGAUGAAAAUGAAUACUGCACUGGAUCAUGACAUCAACAAGGCGUCUCUCCAGCACAAGUCUCUCCUCCUCGCGGACACCCUGAGACACGACCAGAUUGACAGUGAGUUUGGCCUCCGGAAGAUGGGCCUGCUCCCCGCGGGACAAGGCGACAUGAUGAACAAGACAGCUGCACAUAACUAUCCAGCCCGACCACCGGCCACCGCCGGAGGCUCCGUUCGUCGGCCUUCUAGCUACUAUGCAUUGCAAAAUUUAUUGUCAUUAAUGGGUAGCACUAGUAGUAAUUGCAAGAUUUUUGCAUGUUGACAGAUCUGCCUUCUUUACCUUAGAGAACAAAGUAGUUUGUAGCUAUGCAAUUUGCGCGUGCGCUAAAAAUGCUACAUACAUUUGCACAAAUGCAUAGCUACCAUGGGUCCACGGUUUCCUCUUUCCGCAUUCUGGAUUCGGAGUUGCAGGCGGACGCCGGGGUGCUGCGCGAGGUGGCUCGCGUCAGAAAGAUGAACGACUUGGUUUUGAAGGAAUCCCAGGUCUUGUUCCUGAAAAACGUGACGAAACAGUAUCCGACCAUGGAAAAGCCCGCCGUUUCGAAUCUGCACUUUGCGGUCUGCGGCACGACCGGCGAUCAUCUACUCUCAGGACGAGCUCCUGCAGGACCAGGGAACAAGACUAGUACACAGCAGAACUUAUUUAACACCAACAUCAAUGCCAAGCACCUUCCGUUCCAUCUCCGCCGGUCCCCGACGCUCGCCGAUGGUGCGGGGGUGUUUGGCUUGCUGGGCCGCAACGGCGCGGGGAAAACCACCCUGUUUAAAUUGAUCUUGCAACUGGAGAACGCGGACUACGGAGAAAUUUUCGUGCUCGGCCAUAACAACAGCAUUGCGGCGAGCAGGAAUAAAAGCAAAAACUGCUGCUCGCCGCCACCGUACGAAAAGAUCGGCUACUGCCCGCAGUUUGACGAGUCUUUUCUACCGCAGCUUACCGUGUUUGAAAACCUCCGCUUUUACGGUCAACUGAAACUCAAAGAGAAUAUGGAAGCGUCAGGUUUGAAAUCGUCAACGUUGAAUAUAAUUUGUAAUGCAUAAAAUGCGACACAAAAAGUGCCUCCAUUGCAGAGGACCCAAGGGAGGCAGAUCAUAGUCCUGGUAAGGGUCAAUGUCAAAAGUUGGACUGCUAACUAGCAUGACAGAAGGCAGCUCCUUUGCCCUAAACCGCGUGACAGACUCGCUUCCACGACCGGGAAAAUUUGCCAUGCACCGACUACAAACUGUGGGUCUAACUGGUAUCCGUUUUAUGCAUGACAAACUAUUUCAACUUUGACGAUUUCAAACCUGACACAUCCAGAGAGAACUUCUCGAACCUGAAAGUGAACAACCUGAUCGCCAAACUUCAUCUGCAGCAGUACGCGAACAAGAAAGCCGGGCACUUGUCCGCGGGCGUGCAGCGGAAGGUGUGCUUCGCGAUUUCGCUCAUCGCAUAUGACAGUGCAGCACAACUGCCCCUCCCCCUGAUUUGUCAUGCAAAAUACUCAAUCCACCCUUUGUCUCUUGGCACUGUUUGCGUGACAAGUUCUGGUAGCCCAAAUAGCACUACACGCCAGUGCAAAUUUGUCGUGUAUUAAAACCGGCACUCUUGCUGAUGCUUGUAUUGCCGUUCAUGCUAUACAAAUUAGGGGGAGGGGGAGUACGUAGUUGUGCACUGUCAUAUCGCAAACCCCCAGAUUCUUCUGCUCGACGAGCCCGGCGUGGGAUACCCCGAGCAAAAAUAUCCCCACGCCAGAGUUGAUUGUCAUGCAGAUUUGCUAUUCCAGGGAGAGGGACACUAGUUGUAAUAUAUGCGCAAGAAGCGCAUCACCAUAUAAAAGCAGCGUCUCCAGGUCCAGUCGUCUUCUGCAAUUUGUGAUGCUGUAAACAGGAUAAGGAGCAGACGGCUUUAUUGUGAUCGACGGCUGUCCUUGCUAAUUAGAAACUGCCCUACAAUACGUACAGAGAGGAACUGCUUGGCAUGCGUGACUCCCAAAAGAAACUUCUGCAUUUGUGUUGCUAAGUUCCCAACUUGACUCUGGGGUGGGGACCACGUUUUCGCUCCGGAUAUGGAAAUCGAUUUGUUUUCCAAGCAGAAGAUGUGGGACGCGGUCAAAGACUGGGCCACUAGUCCCCUGGCCGUCGAAAACAAGAACGUCGAAAACAUCAAUAAGAUCGGGGACAAGCUGUGUUUGGUUUCGACCAACAACAUGGAGGAGACCAACAACCUCUGUUCCCAAGUGGCCAUCCAAGUGCAGGGGCAAUGGAAGUGUCUGGGCGGACUGAAGGAGUUCGAAUCCAAGUAUGGAGGAGGGUAUCAGGUCAUCUGCGACUUUCGCACGCCGGUCGUUUUGCCGAGUGACGCUACUUGUAAUGAUGGCGCAGUUGCUGCUCCUUCGAGCACAAAAAAUACCACACCAGCAGCUUUGAAAAACAAAACUGAAGGACCUGCACCAGGAUUAUUGUGCGAGGUGGAACGAGAGCAGUCUACUUCCGCGGCUGUUGCGAUCAAUAUUCCUGGCGACCGUGGUGGUGUGGAAGCUGAUCUUCAAGGUGGCGAAGGCAAUACUUCCGAAACCGAAGACGUUUUUCCCACGACAAAUUAUGCCGGCAUGAUGGGCGUGGUGAACAAGACAAACACGAUAUCCACAGUAAAUGUCGCUCCGCACACGUACUUACGAUAAAAUGCAUCACAAAUUUCCCCUUUUUAGAGCAUGCCACUUGAUGUCGUGCUGACUAGGACGGAAUGCAAGCUUUGUCAUGCAGAAACCGCACAUAAGCUACACCGUGCGCAGGCAAUUUACUGUGGAUACACGACAACUUUCGAGUUCAAGCGUGGUCAGACAACGAACCUUGAUGAAGAGUUGCUCCCGUACGACGUCGCAACUAGCAGCAACGCUGGAAGGACUACAAGUGCAAAUAUGUCUCUCCUGGGGGACAACCAACACAAGUCCGAUGAGAUGAUGUCGAACAAAGGCGAUAGUAACGUUUUGAAGAAAAACAAAAACUUGUUCCAAAAUAAAAGCAACAACGCCGCAGUAUUAACAACUGCAAAAGAGUCGACGAGUAAACGUAAGAUUCGCAAGCUCCGCGCGCUGCAGCAGCAGUUGUUGCUGGACAUCGAAGAGGAGCUCGGUUGCGAGUAUGAGGUGAUGGAAACGAAAGGAACCCAAGUGGUACUCCGAUUCCCGACGAUCACAGAAGAGUCACCGCUCCAGCUGGUCCGCGCGCUUCUGGAAUUUUUCGAGAAGCAAGAAAGGGAAAACGUGCUGGAGCAGUUUUCCUUCUCGAAAAUGCAACUGAAGCACGUUUUCAACAAGUUUGCGGGGGAGGUGGAGAUUUAGGGGUGGGAGCAGGAGGGGUAGUUUAUUUUGCGAUUUUAAUAUGAUGAAGAUGCAACUAUCUCAGUAUGCGACGUUGAUGAGAUAGUAAGUACUACAUCACCAAAAUACUUAUGGCCAAUGGAGGCCCACCUUGAUUCCGCGUCUUUCGCCGGAUCAUAAUGCGCAGUGGUCGUGUUUCACAAAUAGCCCGUCACUGCAGCAGCAUGCGCGCUGGCUAUGAGUUACUUAGGGCUUUUGGAGGUUUCUCUGCAUGUUGAAGGAAUGCGUUGGUUCGUAGAGAGUGCCAUGGCUGGUGCUACGUCGCGAUGAGAGUGACGCACCCGCAGCUGGGUGCUUUAUACAGAGUACCAGUGUUAAGUGUAGUCAUCCCUCUCGAACAAUUUUCUACGUUUUUCUCUUUUUUGUUUUGUCUUUCGACUGAUGCGCCCUGUAUCGUGAUUUUUCUGAACUGAUCAUUUUGUAAAGUAAGUACUUAUUUUUGGUUCUGUCCUUCUCCUUUCUCAUCUUGCUAUGUAUCCAAUUUUGAAAAUACAGUCGGUCGUCUGCAAAAUGAAGUACAGUGCGUACGAUGGAUUACAGCAUCACAAUAACGAACAGCCUGCUUUAUUUCUUCUAG